AUAUCAUCAUAAAUAUGCUGCCGGAAUUGGAAGCUUUGCUUUUUCUUAUAACAAGCUUUGCUUUUACUUUUUUAAAUAACCUAUUGAAUAGUACUUUAAUUAAGACCAGAUUUUAUUGAAAAUACUGAUGCAUACAUCCAGGACUAUACCUAACCCUACAGGCAAUGACAGUUGACAGAGAAACAAAUGAUAGGGAAAUCCAAUAUUUCCAACAAAAAAAGGUAUCUUGGAUCAUCGCCUAAUUAGAUAAUGCAUGAUACUCCUAAAACUUAGGAGUUUAUAGCUCAGUUGGUGUGCGUCCGAUGGGAACUUUCUAUUCCGAGUUCGAUUCCCUCAAGCGUUAGCGCCCCUUCAAUGGGAGCCCCUAAGUGUCGGCUACGGUACGGUGACUUGAGUGGCCUAGUAGGUCGGUUGGAAUUCACGGACUGCCGAGCAUUGCAGCGGACAGUUCCUCAUCACAAAAAAUCAAAGAAAACAUUAUUAUCCACCGUUGCUUAGUUUAGUUGGUGGGCGACUACGGUUGGUAACCCCCAACCCAUGCUCGAUUCCCCUUGAGCUGCAGUGCCUCUUUAGUGGGUCCAAUCAAGUGCGGACCAAGAGAUUUCUGAGGUGCGUGCAUCUUUUAAGUCAAUCGAGGAUUAGUCAUGCUGCAAAAAACCCUUUCAAAAGUGGCAAUGGUGGAUACCCCACCAUUCCAAAAAAAACAUUAUUUUAUAAUGGCGCCGUACAUUGUAUUUAACAUGUGCGGGGAAGGAGAGAGAGAGAGGACAAACCGAUGGAGGGACCUCUCCAGUGCAUACACGUAUUCUAUGUAUCUCCUCUCCCCAAGUCCUCACGGGAAUCCAGAGACGACAUAAUAUAAUGAAGGUGCAGGGCGUACACCAUGCCUUGCUGGAUUGCAUGUGAAGCUCCUCUAUCUCUCUAUGCAUCUCUUCUUUCUCUCAGAUUCAGAUAAACAUGGCUUAUAGAGAGUUAUGGUUUCUCUCAUUCUCUCUCUCUACCUAGUCAUCAACAAAGCACCCAUUGCACAACUGGCAGUUUUAAUUUCAUCUGAACUGAGGAAACCGAGAAGGUGUUCCAAGGAUGGAAUGGGCAAAGGACAAGAUUGGUCUGGGAUACGGGUAUAACUCAAGGCUUCUUAACUCAUCCUCAAACUACUUCUACUGCACCACUGAAGCACAGAGAGAGAAAGAGGAAUCCAACUCACUCCCAUUUUCAUCAAGCAAGACUGAGAAUGGAGAAAAAUGGCAACUUGGAGGAGUUCAUGGAUGCAGAAGAGAGAACUGAUUCUGAAUGCAGCAGUGGCUGUCAAUCUGGCUGGACUCUUUACUUGGGCCAGUCACAGGAGAGCUUCACUGCCUCUCGUCAACAAAGAACAGGGAAGGAAGAAGAGGACUUGUCCAUGCUCUCUGAUGCUUCUUCUGGUCCACCCCUUGUUCACGAGAACAACAACAGCUUCUGCUGCUGCUGCUACAAUGAAAGAGAUGGCUGCCUGUGUAAUGACUCAUUUCUUACGCUCACAGAAGUGGCCAAGUAUGGAGACAAGAGAAGAAGUUUUGAAGAACAGAAACAGCAGAAGGAACGGUCUUUCGGUCUAUUGGAGGACACUGCCAGCUCUCCUGUCUUCUCCUGCUACAAGGCAUGCCCACUGACUCAUUUCUUUCAUUUGUGAUGCUUCUUGAAGCUAAUUUUCUUCCAUUUCUUUUG